CCCGUAAGGAUCAUAAUUAUAUGUGUAUUUAUUAUUACCACACUAAUGUUAUAAGCAAGACGUAAUAAUGGUACAGGCGAAAAUAUUAACCAUUCUAUUGAUCUUAUCGUCUGUUGUUGCGAUUGAUUUUGAAAAUAUCGCUUUUACUAGCGCAGGCAGUAUAGAACUCGAUGAUGAUGAUGACAUUGAAACAGUUUGUGCAGCAAGAAAGUGCAUUAAAAAGUGUUGUCCGAAAAACGAGUACGUUUCUACUGAUACAUACAGCUGUGAACGUUUCGAUAUGAAUUUGGACUUUUCAAAUGUACCGGUUUACGAUGACUACGAUCAUUUCCAAAAAAUCAGCAUGUCUUUGCGUGAUAUAUUCCUACUGGUGCCUGGGAUGUUUUAUGAAAAAAGGGCAUGGGAUGAAAGUCUCGAGAAUCAAACAUUUGCCGAAGCUGCGUACGUUUUGAUGGAUCUCAACAUCUCCACAUUUAUGACUGAGAGCGGAAAACUUUAUUAUAAGCUACCAAAUUCAUAUACGAAAUGGUACGAAGUGGACUUCUUUUGCGUAGACUAUGAAGUCUCUAAUACCACAGCCACUGUUAAAUAUUGGUCGAUACUUCUUAACGUCUUUAUCCCGAAAAGCAACGCUUACUUCACUUCUGCGCUGUUGAUAUCAUCGGUGUUUCUAUUCAUCGUGCUGUUGGUUUACAUCAUUUUACCGGAUCUGAGGAACCUCGCGGGCUUGGUACUGAUGGCCUACGUCUUUAGCCUAAUGGGUGCCUUCCUGUCGUUGGCAUCUCUACAACUAGGAACUUAUUUAGAUAACAAAUGCCUUGAGUUAACUGCUGUCACGUAUUUUUUCUUCUUGUCAACUUUCUGCUGGAUGAAUGUGAUGUCAUUUGAUAUAUGGUGGACUUUUCGGGGAUAUGCAAAGGCUAGGCCAAUACACAGACGGGGAGAAAAAUUCAAAUUCGGAAUGUACUGUAUCUACGCUUGGGGUAUUCCAACGUUAAUGGCUAUCGGUCUAGUCGUAAUUAACAACGCUGAUUUAAGUCAUAUACCUUGGUUUGUAACGCCUCAAAUACCACUACAAGGUUGUUUUUUGGAAGGUGGUCAAAAGCUAUUAUAUCUGUAUGUUCCGAUGCUAAUAUUGAUAAUAUGCAACUGGAUGUUUUUCCUAAUGACUGCGUUUAACAUUUGGAGAUUGAGUCGUGGCACCUCCGUGCUGGAAUCUGGUGCUGCUGGCAGUCCUGCUGCCCAUCGCUCACAGAGGAAUAGACUUAUGGUGUAUCUUAAAUUGUCUGUUAUAAUGGGGAUAAACUGGUUACUUGAGAUUGUUAGUUUUAAAACACCAGAACUAAAUAUAUGGAAAUUCACUGACGCCUACAAUCUCCUGAUCGGUAUUUCGAUAUUUCUCAUUUUCGUAUGUAAGAAGAAAAUUUACAGAAAACUUCAGAACAGGUACUACGGAUUUGUCAACGCUAAACCAAGACUCAGCAAAAGCAAUACAAGCAGUAGCACGCUGGAAUCGAAUCUAAGUCAAGAUAUUCCACUACAAGUCUCCUCUCAUCCUAAGGGCUCAAAUGGACGAACGGUCACCAAAAACUACUAAAACUAAGCUAGAUACUAGAACCUUAGGCCUUCAAUUAGUAUAAUAUUUAGUUAAUAAAUUAGAUUACCUUAGCUACAUCCUAUAAUAAGAGUCCAAAUGGCUUAGUAGAAAUGUCAAGCGAAUCUUAACCAAAAUUGCGAAUCCUAUCCCGGGCGAACACCACUGCAAGCACAUGAAAAUCAGUGGUAAAAUCAGUGGUGGUAACAAAAAUUCAUCUCAUCCUCUGCGGUGAAUAAAAACGCUGAAAACUCUUCGGGAUGGAUGAUAUUCUGUAGAAUGUGUAAUGUGUAACCAUCAACUGGCAUAAGAGCAGGGUGGAAUAGGCUCCAAGCGUCAUUAAGAGAAAAAUACAUCAUCUGCAGUAGGUUUGGUCCCCAGUAGUGGUAUAUUUAUAGGUUGUUACUUUACUUUAACUUUAUAUGAGAUAAUAGAAAUGUAAAUAGAAUGAGUAUAUUAAAUAAUAUGGUUAGAUGUUUUUUUCAAACUCAUUUUAAUAGAAUAAUAAAAUUGUCAACGUAUCUUUUUAAAUAUGAUAAUGUACGUUUGUUUUCGCUGUCUUUUAUUUAUAAUUAUAUUCCCUUAAGGGGUGAUUAUACAAAGCCAAUGUUAUUUAACAGAUGCAUGGGCGUUAUUAAAGAUAAAUUUGUUUCAACUUACACCAACGAUUUUAACGAAGCCUCUAUCAACGGCAAAAGUAGUGAAGAUAAACAAACUUUAGAUUUACAUUUUACAUAAUUAUCCCGUGUGAUUUGCUUAUAGCUCUGUCAUAUUACGCACUACAAACAGUUCUUGAUUAAAAUAUCUUAAUUUAUAACAUACACUAUUCUUCUUAACUACUGGCAUUCGUUCAAAUUUCGUUCUACUUCCAAAUUUCAAAAUCUAAACCAAUUAUAUUGUGUCAGUUCAAUGCAUGAGUUUAUUAUUUGUUUUUACGCAUCCUGACAAAUGAAUACUUUGAUUACAUACCUACCUGACUUUUACAACAUAAUCACAUUCAUAACAAUUACAUAAACAAUUUCGGCCACGGCUCCCAACGUCAAGAUAUAUCAGCCAACUGCUUAGGACAACCCUCACGCUCAUAAUCCGAUGGGACGACAAUCCGACAAGAUCGAAACGAUUCAGGCGCAAGACUAACGCCUUUACAUUACGAAGCACGGGAGUGCACAAAUUUCCGACUUCCAGACUCUGGGCUGCUACUGAGAAUCUUCGAAAGAAAAACAUAUUAUUCUGUUAUUGGGCCGACAUGAGUUUUAAACCCAGUACUAAGGUGUAAGCGACCACUAACUAGCCACUAGACCAACAAAGCAGAAUUCUAAAUUACACUUCUUAGUAAUUUUCAUAGAUCUUGGCAUUUAUAGAAGUAUUUACCAUCCCUUACGUACGAACUACAAACUUUUGGAUAUAAGAUGUGCCUUGUGCCUAUAGUUACAAUGGCUCACUCACCCUUCAAACCGGAUCACAACAAUAUUAAUAAGUACUGCUGUUUGACGAUAGAAUAUAAAAUGAGUUGGUGCUACCUACCCAGACGGGCUAGUACAAAGUACUACUAACCUACCUACCACUAAGUAAAAUUUUAUUUUUAUGUUUUAAUAAUAAUAAUAAUAUCCUCCAGACCGAUGUCGGCCACGGCGGCAAAUCUCAAGAGAGACUAGCCAACUACGCAGGAGAUAUUUUAGUGCACACGUGUGUGCGCAAACACAGGUGCACUCUCUAUUCCAUAACUCUCAUAAUCCAAUGGGAUGGCAAUCCGACACGACCGGAAAGAGUUCAGGCGCAGGACCAACGGCUUCACGUGCUUUCCGAGGCACGGGAGUGUACACACUUCCAGGCUCCGGGCUGCUACUGAGAAUUGAACCCAGGACCUCCGGGUCUGCGGCCUUAAAUCAAGCCACUAGACCAACGAGGCAGUCAUGUUUUAAUAUUAUGUAUUUUAAGAUAUAUUGUUUAUGUUAUUGUUUCAGCUAUAUACGUCUGCUUUUCUUUUUAUAUAAUAACGAUAGCAUUGAAAUAAUGAGUACUCGGUAAAUUCCUACCAAUAACGAAUGACUAACUCCAGGCAUAUAACAAUUUGCUAAUCGUUUUGUAAUAACCCAUGUACAUAUGUUAAUAUAAUUUUCAAAAGGAAUAAGUUAUUUUUUAUUUCCUUUUCC